GGGCAUUUAUGCGUGCUACUUAGCAUAACUCAUUGGCAGCCUAGGAAUUAUUUAGCUGCUGUUCAUAUAACCCCAUUUAUUACGGUUAGUUUACCAAUCAGCUGCGUCAGUACAGCAUCUUAGAGAGAAAUACGGAACAUUUACAGCAGAAUUCUCUCUGCAUUGUUUGAGAAGGGUUGUAUUGAUGCCACAUCAAAAUAACUGAAUUAAAGCUUGGGCAGGAUUGAAUACGUCUUCAGACACAAAUAGUGGGCUGCAGUGAAACUGCCACAGUCUGAGUGAAUGAAAUAAAUAUCUGUUUUCUGUCGAGUUCGUUUUUAUUUGGAGCAUCUAUAAGUUGUGGUCCAGUUUUGUUUGCUCGUUUAUUUCCAUCGGUUAAAAGACGAGAAUAACAAGAUUUGGGCGUAUUGAUUUCACCUAGCAUUAUAAGUGUUUACCUAUUCUGUUACAAAAAGGCGAUUAAUAUGUGGACAUUCUUAGGUGUUGCUACUUUUACCUAUAUCUAUAAAAGGUCCGAUGACUUAAUGUCUUACGCCAACAGAGAUGUUUUGCUGGCUGUUGUUGUAUUUUUGUCUGUGGGGUUGCUGCUCUCUUAUGGGUACAGACACGGACAGAAUAAGCAGAAACGAUCGAAACUGGGACUGCUGUCUGAAAUAUUCUCAUUAUUACCUUUCACUGGCUUUUUAUUUUCAGAGCAGACUUCUAAAAGCAACGAAAAUGAAGUGGAUAACUCCAGAAAGACACUACAUAAGAAGACCCACUCACCCAGCUUUUCUCAUGUAGAGGUUUCUUCAUGUAAUAAUGUUUCCUUGCAGCAGGAACGAGAAGUCAUAAUCGUAGGGUCAGGUGUACUUGGUUCAGCUUUGGCAGCAGUUCUAGCAAGAGAUGGAAGAAAAGUGACAGUAAUAGAAAGGGACUUAAAAGAACCAGAUAGAAUUGUUGGAGAGUUACUUCAGCCUGGUGGUUAUAAAGCACUUAAAGGACUAGGUCUUGAAGAUUCAGUGGAAGGCCUUGAUGCUCACACAGUAAAUGGUUAUGUAAUUCAUGAUCUGGAGACCUCAACAGCGGUAGAAAUCCCUUACCCAAUGGGAGAAAACAAGCAAGUACAGGGAGGCCGAGCAUUUCACCAUGGGCGUUUCAUUAUGGGUCUCCGAAGAGUUGCGAUGGCGGAAUCAAACAUAACAUACAUUGAAGGCACGGUGUCUGAGUUGGUGGAGGAAGACAGUCGUAUUAUUGGGAUUCGUUAUAAAGAUAAAGAGACUGGAGAUUUGAAGGAACUUCAUGCCCCUCUCACAGUAGUUGCUGAUGGUCUUUUUUCCAAAUUUAGAAAAAGCCUACUCUCCAGUACAAUAACUACUACCUCACACUUUGUCGGUUGCAUCAUGCAGAAUUCACCACAGUAUAAAUCAAACCAUGCUGAAUUAGUUUUGGCUAAUCCAAGUCCAGUACUUAUCUACCAGAUCUCAUCCACUGAAACUCGUGUAUUGGUGGACAUCAGAGGUGAAAUGCCAAAAAACCUUAAAGAAUAUAUGGUACAGAAGAUUUUUCCUCAAAUGCCAGAUCAUUUAAAGGAGCCAUUCCUUACAGCAAUAGAAAAUGAUCGACUGAGGGUGAUGCCAGCAAGAUUCUUGCCUCCAUCAGCAGUAAACAAACGAGGUGUUCUUCUUUUGGGAGAUGCAUACAAUAUGAGGCAUCCUUUAACAGGAGGAGGGAUGAGUGUAGUUCUGAAUGAUGUGAAAAUAUGGCGAAGGCUGCUACAGAACAUUCCAGAUGUGUACGAUGAUCAAGCAAUACUUCAGGCAAAAAAGGAGUUCUAUUGGGAAAGGAAGAAAACUCAUUCCUUUGUAGUCAAUGUCUUGGCCCAAGCACUUUAUGAAUUGUUUGCUGCAACAGAUGAUUCCUUACGGCAGUUGAGGAGGGCCUGUUUCCAUUACUUCAGAUUAGGUGGACAGUGUGUUUCUGGACCUGUUGGACUAUUGUCUGUGUUAUCACCCAAGCCAAUGACUCUCAUUGGACACUUCUUUGCUGUUGCACUUUAUGCUGUCUACUUCAGUUUCAAGUCAGAGUCCUGGUAUACCAAACCACGUGCCAUCUUCAGGAGUGGAUUUAUAUUGUACAGAGCUUGUUCUGUUUUGUUCCCGCUUAUUUACUCUGAAUUGAAAUAUAUGUUUUACUGAUGCACAAAGAAGCACAUUUUUCAAAUAAACAUUUAAAAGACUUUUUAUCUAACCUGAUCAUGACUCCCACUGAUGGACUGACUGUGCUUGGAAUUACAAGAAUUGCUGAUAAUCUGUGUGGAAGAUCUUGCACAGUGUUGACAGAACAGUAAAGUUCAGUGUGUUUACUAUGGACUCUGUUUCCCAUGCUGAGAAUGUUUACACACUGCAUAACAAUAUUGCCAAGGCAAUUUGCUAAUGUAUUCACCAUGACUCUUUUAUGUGCAGUUUGCAUUGCCUAUCUAAGUAAUUAUUUUAUUACACAAGAGAGUAUGCAAACAAUUGCUGUAACAGCCCAGUACAGAUGUGUGAAAAAUGUUGUAAUGUGUGUUUUUGCAGCAUUAUGAUCUCCCCUGUAAAUGAAAGACCUAUGGAAUAAAAAUAGAAUAAGCAA